AUGUCUUCCUCCGGGACCGCUGCCUCGUGGGUGGGGUGGUUCUGCAGCAAUCGAGGGAACGAGUUCUUUUGUGAGGUCGAUGAAGAUUAUAUUGGAGACAACUUCAAUUUGACUGGGCUGAGCGACUACGUUCCAAAAUUUCGUGAGGCACUAGACAAGAUACUUGAUUUAGAGCCUGACGACUCUGGAGACGAUAGCGAUGGUAAUGCGUCCGAGGUGGAGAGGUUGGCUGAAAAACUUUAUGGUUUGAUUCACGCCAGGUUUAUUUUAACGAACAGAGGCCUAUCGAUGAUGCUGCAGAAGUGGAAAGAUGGAGAUUUUGGAACGUGCCCUCGUGUUCUUUGCUACGAACACCCUCUUCUUCCUAUGGGAACGGUUGAUGUGCCAGGUCAAGAUAUGGUAAAAAUGUACUGUACGUCAUGCAGUGAUAUUUAUUACCCGAAACACGCCCGUCAUCAAUCGAUUGAUGGAGCUUAUUUCGGAACAUCUUUCCCGGAGAUGUUUCUGAUGAUGUAUCCAGAGUAUCGCCGACCAAAGCCACAGAAAUUCGAACCGAGGCUUUUUGGGUUCAAGAUUCGUCAGCCACGCGAAGACGAUCGGAAAGAUGAACGCACCUAA